AUGUCGUUCACCCUUACUGGCAUUGCGCAGUCAAUUUGCACGCUUCGCCCCCUACUUGUCCUUGCUGAGAAAGGAGUCGAAGAUUUCACGCUGCAUGCUCCGAACAUUGCUGGUGGCGAGCACAAGACCGAGCUGCACCUGAAGAAGCAUCCUUUUGGUCAGAUUCCAAUCCUCGAAGACAACGGCUUCGUUCUUUUUGAGUCACGCGCGAUUUCGCGUUUCUUAGCCCAAAAAUUCGCUAACCAAGGCACGCCUCUUCUACCUUCCCUCAGAGAUGAGAAAGCUUGGGCUCUCUUUGAACAGUGGGCUUCUGUCGAGCAAAAUAAUUUCGACCCAUUCGCCCAGGAGAUAUUCCGCCAGAAGAAGAUCCGCCCCAUGUUUGGUCAGCCUGUUGAUGAGGCAGCCCUCGAGAACGCGAGAAAAUCUCUCGCUGAGAAGCUUGACGUAUUCGACAGUAUCCUUGCGAAGCAGGAUUACAUGGGCGGCACCAAUUUCUCUUUGGUAGACAUCUUUUAUAUGCCGUUAACUGGGAAGUUGUUUGAGGUCAACGAGGGUAAUUUGAUUGAAAGUCGUCCCAAUGUGCAGGCUUGGUGGGACCGAGUCUCUGCAAGGAAUUCGUGGAAAAAUUUGGCUUAGUGAGCCGUCAGUUGACAAAUAUGGGAUUGCUGCAUGGUGUAUAGCUACCCGACGACAGUGAAUUCAUAUUAAAAAGUUGCUAAGCCG